AUACUUCCAAAUCAAAUCUACCUUCAUUUCAUUAUUCAUUUCCUUUGUUUCUUUCUUUUUUUAAGCUUAUAAAUACUCUGCAAGCACAUUGUUGUUAUUAGGAACCACUUGAGAAGGUCACAACCUGCUUUUGAUACAGCUGGCAUUUCAUUGAAUCUCUCAUUCUCCCAUAUGUCUUUGAAGCCACCUUGCACUAUUCAUGCUAUUUGCCCCCCUUUGAUUAAUUCAUCAUCACAUUCUUCAAUCCUACUUCCUCAGUUUGUUUGUGAUUAAACCUUGUUCAUAUAUAAAUCAAAACAAAAAAUCAUGUAAAUUACACUUUGUUGUGAUUUGUUUGGAAUUAUUUGUCUUUCCUUAACCUUCUUUGGUGGGAAAAAGAAAAAAAAUACUAUGGAAGAAACAUUUGUACCUUUUGAAGGUAUCAAGAAUGAUCUAAGAGGAAGGUUAAUGUGCUACAAACAAGAUUGGACAGGUGGAAUCAAAGCAGGUGUAAGGAUUUUGGCCCCCACAACAUACAUAUUUUUUGCUUCUGCAAUACCUGUCAUUUCAUUUGGUGAACAACUAGAGAGAAAUACUGAGGGUGUUCUAACAGCUGUUCAAACCUUGGCAUCAACUUCAAUAUGUGGCAUUAUACACUCAAUCAUUGGUGGUCAACCUUUACUGAUUUUAGGAGUGGCAGAACCUACUGUGAUCAUGUACACAUUCAUGUUCAAUUUUGCUAAAGAAAGACCUGAGUUGGGCAGAAACCUGUUUCUUGGAUGGGCUGGAUGGGUAUGUGUAUGGACUGCUUUGAUACUAUUCUUACUGGCCAUCUUAGGAGCAUGUUCCAUCAUCAACCGGUUUACCCGAAUUGCGGGAGAGUUGUUUGGCAUGCUCAUUGCAAUGCUUUUCAUGCAGCAAGCUAUCAAAGGACUUGUGGAUGAGUUUCGCAUACCAAAGAGAGAAGAUACAAAAGCAAUUGAGUUCUUACCUUCGUGGAGGUUUGCUAAUGGGAUGUUCGCUUUGGUCCUUUCAUUUGGCCUUCUCCUUACUGCAUUAAAAAGCAGAAAGGCUAGAUCAUGGCGUUAUGGUAGUGGUUGGCUCCGUAGCCUUAUAGCCGACUACGGUGUUCCGCUUAUGGUCCUAGUUUGGACAGGUGUGUCCUACAUGCCGACUGCAAGUGUUCCAAAUGGUAUCCCACGGCGCCUCUUUAGUCCAAAUCCGUGGUCACCCGGUGCCUAUGACAAUUGGACUGUUGUUAAGGAUAUGGUUCAAGUUCCUGUUGUAUUCAUAAUUGGAGCAUUUAUACCAGCAACUAUGAUUGCAGUGCUUUAUUACUUUGACCACAGUGUGGCAUCUCAGCUUUCUCAGCAGAAAGAGUUCAAUUUGAGAAAGCCAUCUUCUUACCAUUAUGAUUUGCUCCUUUUGGGAUUUUUGACAUUAUUGUGUGGCCUUAUUGGAAUUCCUCCUGCAAAUGGAGUCAUACCGCAGUCUCCGAUGCAUACAAAGAGUCUAGCAACUCUUAAACAUCAGUUGCUUCGUAACAGACUCGUGAUAACCGCUCGAAACAGUAUCAGUAAGAAUGCUAGUCUAGGACAGUUAUAUGGUAAUAUGCAAGAAGUAUACCAUCAAAUGCAGACACCCCUUAUUUACCAGGACCCAUCUGCUCGAGCACAAGGACUAAAAGAAUUAAAAGAAACAACCAUUCAAGCAGCUACAAGCAUGGGAAACGUGGACGCCCCGGUUGAUGAGACUAUAUUUGACGUCGAGAAAGAAAUAGAUGACUUGCUUCCUGUUGAGGUAAAGGAACAACGUGUCAGUAACUUGCUUCAAUCAGUAUUGGUUGGAGGAUGUGUUGCAGCCAUGCCUAUUCUCAAGAAAAUCCCAACUUCAGUACUUUGGGGCUACUUUGCCUUUAUGGCAAUUGAAAGUUUACCUGGAAACCAGUUUUGGGAAAGGAUCCUUUUACUCUUCACUGCACCAAGCAGAAGAUACAAGGUGCUUGAAGAUUACCAUGCUACUUUUGUUGAAACAGUUCCUUUCAAGACAAUAGCAUUAUUCACAAUUUUCCAAACCAUUUAUCUAUUUAUAUGUUUUGGACUAACUUGGGUACCUAUUGCUGGAGUCAUGUUUCCUUUGAUGAUCAUGCUCUUAGUUCCACUAAGACAAUACUUUCUCCCCAAAUUUUUCAAAGGUGCACACCUUCAAGACUUGGAUGCGGCCGAGUAUGAGGAGCAAACUGCUUUACCGUUCAACCUUGCAUCACAAUCUGAGUUUGGAGCUGGUGCUUCUCAUAUUGGAGAAGGUGAGAUAUUUGAUGAAGUUAUCACAAGAAGCCGUGGUGAAUUUAGGCAUACUACUAACAGUCCAAAGAUCAGUAGCUCCACUCCAACACCAAGAAAUGAUCCUAAAAGCCGUCUAAGCCCGCACCUCUCUUUUAAUUCUCGUGUGGGCGAGUUCGCGACUGAGCAAAGUCCUCGGUCUGGCGUAAGAGGCACCAACAGUCCAAUGACCAAAGAAAUGAGAUUGUCAGGUAGGGGAAUAAGUCCUCUCAACCCUGAUUCCAAACACCAAGACAAGAAAUAAUUCAAGACUUGUGUCUUAGAAUGAUGUAGGAGGCUUAUUUGUUGCUUCAUUUCCAGUUUAUGGUUCUUUAAUUUUGCUUGGCUUUUUAUUGUAACUUGUAAAGUAUUUUCAGUAUCCUAUAUACAACAGGUGUAUGCAACCAAAAAUAUGGAGCUUCCUAUGUCAAAUUGUAACUGUUAAUGUUACUAUAUUUGUGCAAAUGUAUAUCAUCAUCAAGUUUGUUUCAAAUUCCAAUUCAAUAAAUGAUGACUAGUUUGAGUCUUGUAAUA